CCACUAUCAGCUGGAGCAUCAGCUGUCUCACAUGACCCUCACAUGUGCAUCAAAACAUAUAUCCUAUCAAUUCAAAACAUCACAAGAAAAAAAAAACGCCAAAUCGCCGCCAGUGAGGAACGAUAAACCUUUAAUAUCAUUUCUCCAAUCGCAAAAUUCACACGAAAUUUCUCUCCACGAUUGCGCGAUUUGUCUCCGCAGUGAUAAAAAAUCGUUAAUCAAUUUUAUUGUAAAUCGAGAUAUAGUGGCAAUGUCAGACGUUAUGAAAAUCCGAGAUUACUUGACGACUCAAGUUAUUGAACUUGAGACGUUGCAAGCUGUAUAUCCGGAUGAAUUAGUCAUAUCGGAUCAUGGUGCAUUAGCUGACAUCAAUGAAUUUAUUUCUGGCGGUCAUAACGAUAAUCCUGGAAGAUUAGCGUACUCAAUAAAAAUAACUGUGCCCGAGGGAUGUGUGGACCUUCACAUAACUCUACCACUGGAGUAUCCAGGGGUCAGUCCAGACGUGUAUGCCAGGGGUUCAGCCCUGGAUCGCACUCAGCAAACGAAAUUAAAUGACGCACUUAUUGGAUUUGCCAAGACUCAGGAUCCUGAUGAGCCAUGCAUUUAUGCCAUUGUGUCCUGGAUGCAGGAUCACUUGGAUGGCUAUUUAAAACACUCCAAGAAAAAUAACGAGAAGGAUAACAGAAAAAAUAAAAAAAAGAACAGAAAACCGAGUGUCUUUGGUCGCUAUUGGAUUUACAGUCAUCAUAUUUAUUCGAAUAUUAAGAGGAAGGAUAUGGCUGAUGAGGCUAAAGAGUGCCAAUUGUCGGGUUUCUGUUUGGCGGGAAAGCCGGGAAUUAUUUGUGUUGAGGGAUCUCUCGAGGAUUGUGAAUAUUGGUGGCAAAAGAUUAAAGUAAUGAACUGGCACAAAAUAUUACUGAAACUAGUUGAAGAGGAGAAUUUAGACGGUCGAGAUGUAAAUACAAUGCGUAAAUUCGUGGAAUUCCAAGAAAUAUCAUUUCCAACAACCGAUAAACACAACGACAUGGGGCAAUUGUUGAAAUACCUAACGGAGCAUCAAUCCCAGCAUGUGUUUAAAGAUUUUUUCGGUGUCGAGGGAAAAAUUACCAGCAGCAAUUAAUUUAGGCACAAAAGAGGAUAAUAUUUUUUUACUUUUUAUAAUAAUUACCAUAAAGAUAACGUUAUUUUUUCAGUCUUCGUCGAUUUGUUGAAUGUUUAUGAGUGAUAAUAAAGCGUGUUACCUGUUUCGUAA